AUGGCAUUGGUGACCCAUCAAAUGCAGGGUUCUUAUGUGACAUAUCCCUCUAGACCAUUGUCAUGGAGCAAAGGGCUGAAGUUGAAGCAGUAUGUAACAACACAUCACAUGGUUGGGAGGACAGACAAUUGCAUUAUGUUAAAGCGCAAUAUUUGUUUAAGUGUAGGGGCUUCUCUCAUGCGGGGAUCAAAAGUCAAACCUUUGAGAGUUUCAGCCUUCAAGGGAAGUGCCCAGAAUGAUAAAUCUGGAGGUAGAACAAGUGGAUCAAAGCUUCCCAAGAAUUCUGUCAAACUAAAAGAGAAUGAGGAUACCCUAACGGGAUCUCCUCAGGAAAAUGAUAUGCCUCUUUCCUAUGCCUCUGAAGCAAAUGAGAGCAUUGCUUCUUCCCCUGUCAUUCAUAAAUUAUUUAAGAAAUGGCUUAGAAUGCUCCGAACACAAUCAUCAUGUGAAGUAGUAGAUGGGAUUUUGGAGGAGGAACCGCCUCCAAAGGAGAUAUCAGAAACUGAGCACGAUACUCAAAACAAGGAAAGAGAUGGGAUUCUAAGGAUGGUUUGGUCCAAUUUUCUGGGUCUAAAUGCUACAAUAAAGAUACCCUUACUUAUAUUCAUCCCCGGGUACCUGGCAGUUAAUAUUACUUAUGGUGCUGAAGUUUCAAAGGAGUUGACUCCUUUGUGGGUUUUGGGACCCCUCAUUGUAGCUCUCUACAUCAAGAUGUUUCAGUGGUUGUGUGCACUCUAUGUUUUCAGCUUCAAGCAGACUGUUCAAGUAAUCAAGAACUUACCCACUUACUACAUGGUGGCCUAUAGAUACAUUGCACAAGGGAAGCUUAAAGAGGACAUAUGGGCUCGUUUCUGGCAACCUGUACUGAACAUUAAGAGUUUAGACUACAAGAAACUAUCCAGAAGAAAGCUGAAAGGAUUGCAAGAGUUAAUAGUGGAGAAGUACCUUGAUUUUAUAGAAUCAAUAUGGCCAUAUUAUUGCAGAACAAUCAGAUUCUUAAAGAGGGCUAAUCUCAUCUAG